UUUUAUUUCAUUCACAGCAUACAAGCGAUGACCAUAUCUAGAAAGAGCAAACGUUAAUUGAAAAAUGCAAUAUAAAUUUCAAUCUUAAUAAUGUGAACUGCAAACAACUAAAUUCUGUAUUUAAAUUAUUUAUCAGUGUGAUUGGCAAUAACUUUAUUAUCAUAUUAUGAUUUAAAUCUAAAUACAAAGAAGUCACGAAGACAGUAUUAAGGAAAGACGUCAUCUAAAAUAUAAAAAAAAUUAUGAAAUAUGAACAAGUCUAGUAGAAUUGAUCCCUAUUUAAAUAUUAUAAAAUAUUUUUUAACUUUGAUUGGACAAUGGCCUUAUCAAUUACCCAAGGAAAAAAUAAUUUAUCGUAUAGUUGGUCAAGGAAUAUGUACAUUAAUUCUUGUGCCAGGCUUAAUAGCUUUGUAUGAUGUAAGACAUGAUUCUGCUACUUUUUUUGACUGUAUUCCUCCACUAUUUACAGUAUUUCUUAGCUUUUCUUAUGCUAUAUGUUACAGCUUAAACAUUACAAAGAUAAAAUCUCUAACUGAGACAAUGAAACGUGACUGGCUGUCACUCGAAGAUUGCGAAACUGAGCUCGAAAUUAUAGAAAGAUCAGCCCAGAGGGGAAAAUACUUAAUAAGACUUUUUGCAAUUUACUCUUACACAAGUACAGCCAUUUAUGUGAUGAGUCCAAUGCUACCACAAGUGCUUGACCUUAUUUUACCUCUUAAUGAGUCAAGAGCAAGAAUUUUUGUUUUUCGUGUCAACUACGUUUUUAUUGAAAACGACGAUUACUAUUAUUUAAUAUAUCUUCAUUCAAUUCUUGCUGCAUUUAUAACAUUAACAAAUAUAGUAGCAGUAGACUUUAUCUUUCUUACUACUGCGCAACAUGCUUGCGGAAUGUUUCAACUUUUAGGAUACAGACUGGCAAACGUUGUAGACAAAAACUACAAAGUUAAUAAGUGUGAUAUCAUUGAGGACAACAAAAUCAACCAAAGAAUGGUCAGAUGUAUUCAACUAUAUAAUGGUAUACUUGAAUUUACAGAGAACAUAGAGCUCAGCUUUUCGAAUAUGUUCUUACUCAUCUUUGGUAUUAACAUGUUAAUAAUAAGUUUUCAAGGAGUUCAGAUUGUCUUAAACUUAAAUAAUACACCAAUUCUCAUAAGAUUUGGAACCUUUUUUUUGGGACAAAUUAUUCAUUUGUUCUAUAACACCAUUCCUGGUCAAAUGUUAAUAGAUGAAAGUUCUAAAGUUUCUCAAUAUUGUUAUGAAUGCAAUUGGACUGAGAUGAGUAUUAAAUCUCAGAAACUUCUAUUAUUUAUACUAUUAAGGGCCUCCCGCGAAUGUAAAGUAUCUGCUGGAAAAAUUUAUACAAUUUCAAUGGAAAACUAUAGUUCAGUUUUAAAAACAUCAUUUUCAUACUUAAGUGUUUUAUCUUCAGUACAAUAAUAGAAAAAAUAUUUUAUUUCUUAUCUGAUUUUCAAAUUUUUGUGUCGGUAAGGUAUUCCAGGUAACAGUGAACAAAAGCAUCUGCUUUCGUGUACAAAGUGUAAUUAUGUUAAUGAAAUAAAAUAAAAACCGUAUUAUAAAAUACAUGAAAUACAUAUUUGGCUCAUUUCAUUUAAAUUGUCAUAUUCGUGUCCCUUGCCAAAAAAAAUUAUUUGAUAUAACCUUAGUUGAAAUUAAUUUGUUUAUAUAGUAAAAAGCAAUAAUUUUCAAUAAUUUUUCUACUUACAAGGACAUAAAAGUGAUUUUUAUAAUAUUGGCAGAACAAAAAGCAGGCAAAAUGUCAUAAGUGUAAUGCGUCCCCGGAGACAUUUUCAAUGUUCAAAUGAAUGAAAUAUCGAAAAUAUAGUGUUUAAACCAGAUUAAAAAAAUGUUUCGUGAAGUAUUAGUUCUAUAUUUAAGGAAAAUCAAAUGUUGGUAAUUAAACUUUAUUUUAUACAAUUUCCAGAAAAUGAAAAUGACGUGUCUCUCACUUUUGUAUUUUUACGUUUUGCCGGCAGAAUUUCCUACUUUUACCUGCUAUUUAAAUUACCUUAUGAGCAAAAAAUUUUCUUUACCAUCGCAUAAGCAGCAGAACACAACAACGAAGUGUGUGAAAAAAACGAAAACGAUAUAAGUAUAAAUCUGCUCGUUUGUCAUGGAGGCAGAAAAAGCCGAAACACUUUCGUAAUUGAAUUUCUGUCAACAGUGUAACGCCUUGAAAAUGGUUAGAAAAUAUUUUGAAUUUUAUAUCGGUAUGGAAUUUAAUGUAUUUUUGGAUUCUCUUUCAAAUGAGACUAACCCCGUCGAUAUAAGUAUAACCGUUUUCAUUUUAUAAGCGAAAAACGAGCAAAAUGUCAACAGUGUUAUGGUCAUAAGUGUAAUGCAAAUUUGUAUAUAUGGCUUCAGUAAACGUAAUAAAUCACAGAGGCCUACAAAAUAAAACUUUUUUCUUUUAUUUUGAUAUCAGAAUGGUUUCUAAUGUAUUUUUGGGCGCUGAACACGAUCCUGAAUCUUAAAAUUGCCUAGCAUGUCAGGAUUUUGAAAAAAGUGGGGGUAAAAACCGCCAAGAAACAUGUUUUUAUGGGUGUUUAAUAUGAUUUUUCUCUUUAACCUGACGUGGUAAAAACUUCAAAAAAGUUUUAAAUUAUAGCAUAAAUCGUGUAUUACAUGACCCGUACACGCAACCCUCUCCCCUAAUUUUUUUCCAUAAAAUGGGGUUAUAACCCACCCUCAAAAAAUUUUUAUUUUAAUUCUUUCGGCGAAAUGAAUAGAUGUUUAUUUGUUUUAUGUUCAUAAUGUUUAAGGACAUAAAUUUGCAUUUUGCCUAUAUAAUUUUUAAACCUUUCACAGUCCAGUUAAAAAUCACUUAUAGGCCUAAUAAGGUUCCAAACAGAGCUUUCAAAAAAAUUUGAUUUCAUCGUAUUUAAGAUUUUUGGGUUUAUCUGUCAUCAAAUUCGAAUUCAGCGACCCCGAAAACCCCCGAGAAACAAAUUUCGACCGAAUCGCAUCAGUCUUGAAAUUAUCCGCCAUAUUGGGUCGCCAUAUUGGAUCCACCAUUUUAAAUUUUGAAAAUCUGACGUCAUAUUUGUAAUUAGCAACCCAAAAAACCCCUAAGUAACGAGUUUCAAGCGAAUCGAAUCAAUUUCUAAAUUUUCAUGGUCGCCAUUUUGGAUCGGCCAUUUUGAAUAUUUUAAAUCUGACUUCAAAUUCGGAUUCAGCGACCCCAAAAACUUCAGUAUAUUUAUCAUCAGUCAAAUCAAAUUAUAUUUAGUAUUAUUAUUUUAUCAAAAAUUGACAGAAAAAAAUUUUUAUCUUAGAUAUGACGAUUUCUGCCAAAAAAAACCGUCUGCCAUAAGAAAUAUAUGACUUUAAUUUUGUGACCACUAUUUAUUUUGUUAAUUUAACAUGUUAAACUGUAUAAAAAAAUUAGUUUCAACCUUAAAAUCAAAAUUUUCCAACUCAACUUUUCUGGAAGCUGAAUAUGACAAUUUAAAUGAAAUGAGCCAUUUAUACUGAAUAUAUUAAAAAAGCAUCGCAUCUGAGUUUCGGUAUCAAUAGUAUUACUAUUAGUAUCCAAAUAAUCAUAAAGUUUAUUCAUUCUCCUUGGCUACAAAUUGCUAUGACUCUCCCUGGUAAAAAUUCGGGACUGUUUCCGGAUUAAUCUGGAAUUCGUCUACAUCCGAAAUUUUCCCGAUUUGUGUAACUGGUGAAUCCGGAAUUAAUUAGGUCUAAUCCGAAGUCAGUUCGAUCAAACGUAAGUAGUGAUAGAAGAUUCUAGAUUUACUGAUUACACAAGUCGAAUUAAUUUCGGAUUUAAUAGAAGUAAUUUUGCAUUUACUUGUUGUGUAUGAUUCGAUUAAUUUCGGAUUAAUUCUAGAUUUACUAGUCACACAAAUAAUACUAUUUUCGGACUAAUUUCGGAUAAUAGAAACCCCCUUAUUGAAAAUCCCUAUGCAAGAUCUUGUACAAGAAAAUGUAUAAUUUCGGCACUAGAAUUUGGAACAAAGUCUUGAAACAGAACUGCUUCAGCUGCCGAACAUGUACAUUUUCUUGUACAAGAUCUUGUACAGGGAUUUUCAAUAGGGCCAACGCUAAAGCGAACUGUGUCGAAUUAAUUCACUAUUAACGUAUAAGGGAAAUAUAUAGAUUUACUGUAUAAAUGAGUAUAAAAACUUAAUUAAUUCCGUUCUAAGACAAAAAAGAAGUUCAGAAGAUGUUUGUUGGAUAUUUGAUAUUGACACCAUCUAUUUUAAGAAUUAUAUAAAAAUUCUAUAGGAAAAUGUUAAAUUAACCCCUUAACUGCUGAUGACGACAAUUUUGUGCGUCAAAUCUUCGUCAUCGCAGUUAAUAAAGGGUUAACGUCUUUUGGCCAUUUUAAAAACAAAUGUUAAUUAUCAUACUAAAGGUCUUCAAUUAAUUUCACCUUUUUGUCAAUGUCGUUGAUUGCGCACAUAAUAAAAGUAUUCUAAUUACCAUUAUAAAUAUUAAUAUAUGUUUGUAAAUAAUAUUAAAUAAAACUUCAACAAACAAAAGACGAAAACUGCCGAUCAA